AUUCAUCAUUUUUUAUUCGCAAUUUCGUGAAGCGCUUUUCUUUAAUCGAUUAAUUUACUACUUUUCAUUCUAUUUUUCUUUUAAAAACUUAAAUCCCCUCCGAAAAAUAACAAACUCCCUAAAUAAUACACCAAUUCUUAAUAUCUCCAAACAAUCCAUCUCAACAUCAACAACUAAUUAAAAAAAAAAUGAUAGUGAAAGUGAAAAAAGUGCUUCCUUUAAAAAAAUAACCCUUGACCAUAUUCAAGGUUAUUUUCCAUAUUCACCCAAAAUGUAAGCAGAAAAGAAAGAAAUUUUAUUUAUUCGAAAAGAAAACAUAAUUGUAAAUUUAUUGCAAAACAAUCACUUUCGUCCUUGAAGUUAAGAAAAAACAAAAACCUUUUUUAUUUGGCGGUGAAUAUAAAAUCAAUGUCGCAUUUUUAUAACUAAGACUUUUAUUCAAACAACAACAAUGGUCAAGUAAAUACAUAAUAUCUUUACUCUCAAAAUUAAACAAAAAAAAAUAAGAAUACCAGUCACAAGACCCAAACGAACACUUUAUAACCGAUAACAGUGUUUACUUGCAUCUGCUGUACAAACAAACAAAUUUAUACUCUUUUUAUUUUUUGCUUUUGCAAAUAUUUGGUUUUUAUUUCUUUAAUCAACGUUAAAAAAGAGAAGUAUGGCAGAAAACUCGACCAUGAAUUCAGUGUCAUUACUGACAACAGACGGACAAGAAUCGGAAACACCAUCGGUUUCGAUGGACAAUUUUUAUCCAGCUCUAGUUCAGUGCUUUGGAAUUAUUAUUUGUGGAUACGUAGCUGGUCGAUUGAAAAUCAUAUCAAAUGCUGAAACCAAAGGUCUGGGGACAUUCGUGGGUACAUUUGCCCUUCCAUCGUUGAUAUUCCUGUCUCUGGUUGAACUUGACUGGAGGACUGUCAAUUGGACGUUUCUUCUAUCGAUUCUCAUUUCCAAAUCGAUAGUCUUUUUCGCUGUGAUUGGAGUAUCACUACUUGUCGCAAGGCCCCUUAACUAUGGUCGUGCUGGGCUAUUGGCAAUCUUUUGCACCCAAAGUAAUGACUUUGCAAUUGGUUUUCCCAUUGUCAAUGCUCUUUACAAGAAAGUUCAUCCCGAAUAUGCAGCUUACCUAUACCUUAUGGCUCCUAUAUCGUUGGCCAUUCUAAAUCCUGUUGGCUAUAUCCUAAUGGAAAUCUCACAAAAAAUCGACCAAAAAAAUAAACUAGAUGACAGCUUACCAGUGUGUCCAGCUGCACAGCAACCUCCGUCGGAGAAUUGUUUGUUUGGUGAAAAAACAAUGGUUGUCCUCAAGACAUUUAAGUCCAUAUUUUUCAAUCCAAUGAUAUUGAUGACACUGUUGGGUGUUAUUGGAGGAGUUGCGUUUCCUGAAGGAUUACCUGAAAUUAUUGCUGGAGUGUUGAGGGUAUUGGGUAACUCUUUCUCGGCGACUGCUUUGUUUUUACUUGGCUUGAAGAUUGUUGGACAAGGAACAACACUGAGGGGAUCUGGUUUUCUAAUUCCUGGCAUUUUAAUUAUUGUUAAAAUCCUCGUGUUGCCACUUGUUGCACGCCAAACUGUCAACAUCAUGCAAGCUGGAGAAAACUUCAAUGAAACUACGGAACUAAGCACUUUUGGAUUUCUCUAUGGGACCUUCCCAGCCGCACCUGGCGCCUUUGUAAUAGCCACGCAAUAUAAUAUUGAAGUGGAAUUGAUUGCUAAAAGUAUGGUAGCAUGUACCUUCAUCAGUGCUCCUUUGAUGUUUAUCUCAGCAAAAAUGAUUUCUCUGACUAACUUGAACCCAGCCGACUAUCUCCAUGAGUUAGAUGAAUUUUCUUUCGAUAUCAGUGUAACUGGGGUUAUAGCAUGUAUUUGGAUACUGCUUCUCUUGACUUUGACCAAAAAGGCUAGAAGAAUGCCUCACAGGAUUACUGUAUGCUUAGUUCUUUCUCAGCUUUUCUGCUGUGUCGGUGUUAUUCUUUGGUCCAAAUUAGAUCAUGUCAAUAAAUGGGUACUUUAUGUUCAGUUCUUCAUGUUUAACAUUGGGGCGUAUAGUAGCAGACUCUGGACUGCUAUUCUAGCAAUUAGUUUGCUCUUUUUGCAAUGUCGAAGUUUAUGCUUUGUUCUUAAGCUUUGGCCCUACAUGAUAAUGUUCGCAUGGGGUGUACCUGGUAUUAUCUCUGGUCUUCUAAUUGCUUUCGAUGAAAACGUUUUCUCGGGUGGAAGACAUAAUCCAAGCUUUCAGUAUGGAAAUGCCCAAGCAGCGAUCUCGGUAUUUCUGCUAGUUAUGUGUUUCAUUGUUACUGUUGGAUGUCUUGUUAUGCACCAAAGAUACAAGAGACGUUUUGAAAAAUACUUGACUCUAGCCAGAGAACUGUCUAAUCCUGACUCAGAACAAUCCCAUAUAAUUGGAUCAUCCAUAUCUACAGCAGAUCUCUUGGCAAAUGCAGCUGAUCAAAGGAAUUCAAUUACGCGUCAUAGAACUACCUCGCUUUCAUCAUCAGAAGAUGAAGAAAUAGUCAAAGCAGACGACAGUGGUUGUGGCGGUGGUGGAAGUGGCAAUGGAAAUUGUUGUUCUUCAUCCACGAAUCACACAACUGUCGUUGAUAUUGAAGAUUUGAUAAAUCGUGCUCAAGGCAGCAAAGUUGAACUUCGAAAUCACAGUCAUGUAUUUGAUGAUGAUAGCAAUUUUGGUGGAAUUCGCGCAAGUAUGUGCAGUCCAUCAUUUAGCUGUGCAGGACCGUCUCGCCAGAAUUGUCAGGCAAUCAUUCAACAAUACGAAGAACAAGCAAGAAAAGGAUUGGAGCCAAUAGAAUUCCCCAAAGAAGGAGACGAACAUCAGACCCUUAAGCAUACUGUUCUACUUAUAAUCUUACUUUGUUCAAUGUUUGUGAGCCUCGCGGUGUCAAUAUGGACUUUAGUGAUGGAAGGUAUGUCGGGAAUUUAUUUAGAACUCAGUUUUCUGGAUGCAUUUUUAAACUUUGGACAAAGUUUGAUUGUACUUGCUGUCUUCAUUACCGACAGCAGCGAAUUACUUAUUCCCCUCGGAAAAUACUGGAGAAAGAUGUGGUAUGGCGCUAAUAUGUUAACUCUACCUCAUUGGGCUUCUGUGACUCCUGAGACAAAACACAUAUGCGAGCAGUUCCGUAAUCAUCAUUUGGAGAAUUGUAAAAAAGAUAUAGCCUCGGAUAAGAGAUGGCGAAUUAAAGUCUACCACAAAGUAUUCUAUGGCAGUGAUUUCGUUAACUGGCUAAUUGAAGUUGGUCUGGCAAAGGAUCGUUUGGAAGCUAUUCACUAUGCAAAGCAUUUGGUAGAUGGCCGUGUAAUGCGACACAUAAACAAUGUCUAUCACUUUGAAGACAGAAAUCUUCUUUAUACCUUCUGCAAUCGAAUGUAAAGAAAGCGUGCGAUAAUAAUUAUUAUUAUUUUUUUUAAAUUAUCUUUUGAACCAAUGUGGUGCUGUGAUUUUGUGAUGGACAUGCAAUGAAUUUGCGAUAGCAACAUAGUUUGAUUAAUUCUGUGUACACAGCCAUCGCAGAUAGUCUUAGUUUUGUGGCAGCUUUAAUAAUUCAUUGGAUGUCUUUAUGAUGUGUACAUUUUAUUUUAUGUGAAUUUUAUUUAGAUGUAAUAGGCGUUUGAAUUAAUCAAGAAUUCAUCUCAAAAACCUUCUCGCAGAAGAAUUUUUAAGUUAAACCAAAGAACUAGUUCUGCUCUGUUGAAAAGACAGAUUUGUAUGUAAUAUUGAUUUUGGCCUAUCCUCCUACCAUUGAAAACUUACACAAUUGAUUAUAACGUUUUUGAUACUUUUCGAAUGUAUAAUUUUAAAAUUUCCCAUAAUUUAUUUUGUUUUUAGUUAAAUUUUAACUUUAAUCUCAUUUUAAGGAUUAGUUUUUGAAAGUAUGUACGAAUCUAGAAAAUAAUUUUAUUCUAUUUUACUUUUAUUGUUUAUAUUUCUUAAACUUUUUACUACUCAAAAAAUGUAUUUGGAAAGAAAAAUGAUAAAAAGAUCAGAUUUUGUUCAUAAGUCAUUAUUUUUUUUAAUAACUAUACAUAAAAUAAUGUAUGUAGAUAAAAACAUAAUAAUAAUAUAAAUAAACAAUAUGGUGCAACACUUUUUUAGGGACAAUUGUAGAAUAUAUAUACCUACAGCGAAUAAUGUUUUUUAUAAUAUGAUAAUAAUAAAUAUAUACAAACAUAUAAGCUUAAAAUAUAAAAUUUAGAUGCUUGUAAAGCAAAUAAAUACAUUUACUGAUGAUAUGAUUAAUAAAUGUAAGAUUUUUUGGUCACAUUAGAAAAUCAAA